AUGGGAGGGAAGCGUGUGUACACGGAUGCCAUUCGCCGGAACGGACAGCUUGAGUCGGGGUAUAGGAUCGCUGACGAUGAUGAAGAACAAGACAGCUUCGACGACACUGUAGAGGCCUCGGACGAGGAUGAAUGGGAGGAAAGGGCGGAAAACUUCGGCUUCACUCGGAGUGAAGUCAGCGAACUCAUUUCUCAAGGCGUGAAGCCUUGGGAUGAUGAUGCUUGGGACGUGCUGCAUGCUCUAUCGGACAUGUAG